AUGGGUGCGCAGCCCACCAACGGUAUCCUUCCCGGCGGUGGCGCCAAGGCCGAAAAGAAAAAGAUCCACCCCGCUGUCAUCAUCGUGCUUUGGAUCGCGCUCUCGAGUAGCGUCAUUGUGUACAACAAAUUCGUCCUCGACCCUAAUCAGCUCAACUUCCCCUAUCCUGUCUUUCUUACAACCUUCCACAUGGCGUUUGCUACUGUCGGUACGCGUCUCUUGGCGAGGUACACGCACCUUCUUGACGGUCUCGCCAACGUAGAGAUGACUAACGAGCGAUGGAUCAAGAACAUUUUGCCCAUCGGCGCCCUCUUCUCGUGCUCGCUCAUCUUCAGCAACAUGGCCUACCUCACGCUGGGCGUGAGCUUCAUCCAGAUGCUCAAGGCUUUCACUCCUGUUGCUGUGCUGCUCAUCUCGUUCGCAUUCGGUCUCAAGCAGCUUUCGGGCACGCUCACCAUGAUUGUCGGCUGCAUCUCGUUCGGUGUCGCGCUUGCUUCCUACGGUCAGGGUGACUUUGCCAUGUCCGGUUUCAUCUGCCAGGUGCUCGCCAUUGGUUUCGAGUCUUCGCGUCUCGUCAUGAUCCAGGUGCUCCUCCAGGGUCUCAAGAUGGACCCGCUCGUCUCGCUCUACUACUUCGCGCCUGUUUGCGCUGCCAUCAACGCUCUCGUGCUCCCCUUCACCGAGGGUCUGGUUCCCUUCUUCCAGAUCUCCAACCUCGGCCCAUUCGUGCUCUUCACCAACGCCGGUGUAGCAUUCUGUCUCAACAUCGCGGCCGUCUUCCUCAUCGGCGCUGCUAGCUCCUUGACCUUGACCCUUGCUGGUGUCAUUAAGGAUAUUCUGCUCAUUCUUGGCUCGAUGCUGCUCCUUGGUGACACGGUCUCUGGCCUCCAGUUCUUCGGCUACGGUAUUGCUCUCGCCGGUCUGGUCGCCUUCAAGACCCACAAGGGCUGA